AGAUCUCAGCUGUCAGUGAACUUUCAAGGGACGGUGCCAGUCGGGUGGCUGGUGAUCGCUUGCCGGAUCAAAGUAUCCCGGUGCCACAAAGCUUCCGCUACCACUGGCGUCCGUUGUAAAAGUCCACUCCAGAAAACCCUCCAAGAUGAAAUUGAUCAAUGGGGUUAUAUGCAAUUGAUCCGCUCUGCGCGUAACCAAUCUAUCCUUUCCACCAUUGUAAGGGGAUCGUCCAAAGCCAAGAGCUUAGUGGAAACCUGGCAAUGGCAGCCAACAUACGUCCCUCUUGUCAAGCUGCGGUGGGAAGACAGCGCUAGAGAUAAAUCCAAUAAAAGCACUCGUCUGAAAAGCCAAGAAGACAUACAAACCGAAUCCUCUCUGAUCUAGUAUGAACGCAGAUUGGCCGUCUAACAUUUCCGUCCUCCACGCGAUGCUCAAGGAGCAUAACGGGGUGGAUCCUAUCUUGAUUGACCAGGAUCUCCUGCCCGACGACCACACCAAAGUCAAAGUGCACCCGUGUAAUUGGGACGGUUGCACGAUGCACGUUGGUGUCGAGCACAGGCAUGUCGCCAAACACCUGCAGCAACGCCAUAAUGUCAGCACCAGCGCUACGAGCGAGGAAACGCACAGAAUAUCCUGCGGUUGGGAUGGUUGUUCAGAGCAGAUGAAGCCGGGAAAUCUGCCGCGCCAUGUACUUUCAUCACACCUUGAAGUACGAUGGAUUUGUUUGCUGUGCAGCAAAUCACUUUCGCGAGAGGAUGCCUUCCGAAGGCAUACUCAGGAAAAGGAGGCCUGUCAGUAUGCAAGACCCACUAUUUCGUAUGGAGACGGGGUACUGGAAAUUGACACACAGUGCAUCAAUGGGGGUUGGUCGAUCAGCCAAAAUGUCAUAUGCAUCCAGUAAGCUCGUGUAGUAUUACCUUACAGCAAUAUCCCUAUUGUUUUUCGUUCCAACCUUAUAUGCAUUUUCCUACAGAUCCUGUUCAUCCUCAGUAAUCAUACGUUGUACUACCAUGUACUCUUAAUUAGUCGAUCUCAUCUACGUUAUUUAUACUGGAACAUGUGUAUUCUAAU